CUAUUAGCAACCAAAUUGUUGCCGGAAGCUGCUAGUACCAACUUGACAAAGACGCAGAAUACAUCGGUUCAGACUAAGAUAUCUAAUAUUUACAUUACACUUGCAAAAGAAAGGAUGACCUCCAAGAGACCUAAGAGCACUGGAAACGGCGUGGGCAGUAAGGGGAAAGGUAAAGACAAAAACAACGAUGCUGAUUCUCCUGCAGACUCAGUCGACAUCUUCCCCAUGGUGCUGACCUCCGCCACCCAGGAGAUGUUCGGAUGCAGAGCCGAAGAGGACGUGACCGGGGACAACCCCUACAAGCUGCUGAGGAAGGACGACAUCCUGCAGGACAUGAGGACGAGGGCAGCCGUGUCUGAUUUCAGCCCCGCCAAGCAGCUGGUGACGGACUACCCAGAGGAGGAGAUCCUACUUGUUUAUGACAUCGACUUCACCCACGGACAGAGCUUCUACCUGGUCCUGACAGUGGAGACCAAGGACAAGAUGUUAAGUCUCCCGGCGUCUGAAGAGGCAGUGGCUGCGGAGGCCGUGCCGUCCGAGGUGUUCGUGCAGGAGAAGACCCCUGAGCCGCAGCCCUGGGUCUCCCUGGGCAGCGAGCAGGAGAUCGAGGAGGAGUCUGUCACCGACUCCAGACCUAGGUUGAAAUAUAAGAUUUCGAGGGCGCGGAGGGAAUUCGGGGCGCGCGUCUGCUUCUCGAGUCGCAACGCGGCGGACGCCAAGGACGGCCACAUGGAGUGUUCCUCCUACCAGGACCGGAGCUUCAGCCUCCGGCAGAUGGAGAGACAGAGCGCUGUGCAGGCCAUCCCUGCCCUCCACAGCUCCAGCACGCAAACAAUAUGGAGAUAUCCAAAGAAUAUGUGCACCCAGUAUGAACCGAGGGAGUUCAGCGAGGAGGAGAAGGAGAACUGCCUUCAGUCGGAGAGUCUGAAGAAUUUCGUCAACUCGGUCGCCUGGAGGUUCGAGACGGCCCUCCAGCAGAACGAGAUCAUGGACGUGUUCCUCGACGACUGGAAGGCCCUGAAGGAGGAUGACGGCGGCUACGGGGGCAAGGCCGACACCCACCUGAAGGAGUACCAGUCCUUCACAGACCUGCACUUCAGCAAAGAGAAGACCAUCAGCGACAUCAACUGGCAUCCCACCAUCAACGGGGUGAUCGCCGUGUCUGUGAUAGAGAGGCUGUCCUUCGAAGACAGGAUCAAUGCCUCCACUAAGCUGCUGCUAAAUCCCUCUCUCAUUCUGUUCUGGAGCUUCUCUGAUCCCAUCAAUCCUCAGUUGCUCCUGGAGUGCCCGGACGACGUCUUCUCCUUUGAGUUCUGCCCCUCCGAUCCAAAUAUUAUCGUUGGCGGCUGCAUGAACGGCCAGGUGGUGCUCUGGGACAUAUCGGCCCACUCGAGCGGACUACAGGGGACUCGCUCCAGCGGUGGAAAGAACAUGGCCGCAAACGCCAACGCCUUUGCCUUUGAAGACAAGCGAGCGGAGGAGACUCUCGUGGUGCGCUACUGUGCCGUGUCAGCCAUCGAGAGCGGCCACAAAGCGCCAAUUACAGAUGUCCAAUGGCUGCCGGAGAACUUUGAGGUCACCAGGCUUGGGGUUCCGGUGGAGAACAAGAGUCAGAUUUGUGUUCAGGUCAUCACCUGCGCCCCUGACUGCUGUGUGAUGUUCUGGGACAUCCGGACCCCGAGGAUGGCCACCCAGCCCAUGACAGACCGGAGGCAGAAGGCGGAGGAGAAACCUCUGGAGAGCCCCCACGGCGUUCCCAACACCUUCAAGCACCUGGACCUGGCCUGGAAGCCGCUCGUCAGGGUACCGCAGAUUGAUACCAGCGGGGAGUACAGCCCUUUGAAAUUCAGCCUGCAAGACAACACCUGCGACAGCCAUACUGGUAGCAACGCAGAUUCUCCAGGGGAUCAGUGA